CACUCUCUCUCUACUGAGUUAAUUGCGGCUAGGGUUUGGCAACACCCCUCUAUCUCUCUAUCUCCCUCAUUCUUUAUCGUUCAAUCUCUAGUUUCCUCGGCUCAAGGCUCAUAGAUCUGUUAUUCCAAUACACUCAAUGAAGAAUAUAAAGUAAAAUUAAAGGAUUGUUUAUCAAUAAUCUGAAACAAGCGUUUUGCUUUUGGUGUUGUUGCUCAUCUUGAUGGCGACUCUUAACCCAUUUGAUUUGCUGGGAGACGAUACGGAGGACCCCUCACUCCUCGCGGCUCAGCAGAAGAUCGAGCCGAAGAAAACUGUAGCACCACCGGCCAAGCUGCCGGCGCAGCCCAAGCUCCCCUCCAAGCCGUUACCCCCGGCUCAGGCUGUCCGAGAGGCAAAAUUUGAUUCUGCUCGAGGAGGUGGGCGCGGUAGAGGGCGUGGAUAUGGUCGCGAUGGUGGUGCACGUCCCAAUAGAGACUUCACCAACAAUGAAAACAACUAUGGCAACAAGGAAGGAUUUGCUGCCCAGGGUGCACCUGAUGAUGUUGAUGGAAAGUCUUCUGAAAGGCGUGUCGGUGGCUAUGGUGGAUCUCGUGGUUCAUUCCGUGGUGGCCGUCGAGGCGACUACAGCAAUGGAGACUCUGGUGAAGGAGAACGAGACCGCACUCGCAGGCCGCUUGAGCGCCGCAGUGGAACUGGCCGCGGAAAUGAGAUGAAACGUGAAGGUUCGGGCCGCGGAAACUGGGGAACACAGACUGAUGAAUUGGCACAAGUGACUGAGGAGGUUGUCAAUGAAGAUGAGAAAAAUCUGAAUGUGGAGAAGCCCUCAGGAGAGCGAGAUGCUGCUGAAAAUGUAGAAAAGGAAGCUACUAAAGAGGAAGAUGAAGAGAAGGCUGAGGAUAAGGAGAUGACACUGGAAGAGUAUGAGAAGCUUCUUGAAGAGAAAAGGAAGGCUUUGCUUGCUCUGAAAUCUGAGGAAAGGAAGGUUGAUGCGAAGGAAUUUGAAUCAAUGCAAGCACUUUCUAACAAAAAAGCUAAUGAUGAUGUCUUCAUCAAAUUGGGCUCUGAUAAGGAUAAAAAGAAAGAGUUGGCUGAAAAAGAAGAAAGAGCUAAAAAGGCUGUCAGCAUCAAUGAGUUCUUGAAACCUGCUGAGGGUGAGAAGUACUACAGCCCUGGUGGUCGUGGACGAGGUCGUGGUGGCCGUGCCGGCGCGAGAGGGGGCUUUGGUGGCCCGAGUGACAGGAGAACUUUCCAGGCACCAGCCAUCGAAGACCCCGGGCAAUUCCCUACCUUGGGUGGUAAAUGAGAUGUUCGUUGUGCUGCUUCCUGCCGCUCAUGGUCGAGUCUCUCAUCAAUCAAUCGUGCAGGAUAGAAUAUGAACAAUUAAUUGUGACAUUGAUGCUCAGUUUUGCUUCGUGAAUCUGGAAAACACGUUUUAGUUGUUUGUUUUGACAUUACAUUUGAAAUCUCAAGUAUAUUGCCUUUCA